AUCCCAUCCAUGACGCUCAGUCUUUUUGUCCCCAGUCGAUCGUCCGGGAGCUCUAGUUCCAUCCAUAGCCCCUGUUAGCUGCUUAUAACACUCGCACCUAACCUUCUUGAUCUCUCUGCUCGGCGACCAUGGCGAGGGGUUCAUCUCAAUCUCAGUCUGCCAAUUCCCAGACCACACGACCCGGAAUCAUGGCACCGCGUGGCUCCGCAGCUGCCACAGCCGGCAUGCGCCGCCGCCGUCUUGGCGGUGGGGCUGGCGGAAGUGGCUCCGCUGUCGGAGGUGGCUCCGGUCCCUCCAACAUGCUGAGAUUCUACACCGACGACGCCCCUGGCUUGAAGAUUUCGCCCACCGUUGUGCUUGUCAUGAGCCUCUGCUUCAUCGGCUUUGUCACCGCUCUCCACGUCUUCGGCAAGCUUUACCGUCGAUCUGCCGGCCCAGUUUGAUUGAAAAUCCGACUACGUGGUGUCUGAUCCUUAGGGUUUGGGGUUCUGAUCCGUGCCGGAAGCUUAAUUUUCAGUUCUUGACUUGGUCAUCGAAACCUUCGUUUUCUUCGUUUCUUUGUAAAUUAUCCUGCCUUCUAGCUGUCAAUUUUGUUAAUGUUGAAACAGUGGGAUCUCCUCAUUUUUGAAGAAAGCCAGUUUUCUGCCAUUCUGUGAAAAUCGAUCUGUUUCAUCUUUUUCGUUUUGUUAUACUAAUAAUCAUUUUUAUCACUA